AUUUGUGAAAUUAUAUUCUUUUUCUAGAGAGAGAAAGUGAGGAGAGAGAGAGAAUCAGGGAGAGGCAGAGACGCAGACGAUGGUCUCAUGCCAAACCCCCGCAAAAGCCAACGCAAUGUUGGCUCACCGAUUCCAUCGCCGGAGUACGGCCAAGCUCCGAUACCUCCUUGCUCCCAAAUUCGCCGUCUCUUCCUCCCUCAACUCCGUCUUCACCUCCGCCAACGUCAUCGCCGCUGCCGCUGCUUCCGGCUCCACCUCCCUCCACGGCGCCGUCACCUCCACCAUCACUCAUGUUGCCGUCACCGCCGUCGCGAUUGCCUCCGGCGCUUGUCUUUCCACUAAGGUCGAUUUCUUGUGGCCGAAACUAGAUGACCAACCAGGUUCUCACAUACUGGAAGGAGUAGAUGUAACUGGAUAUCCUAUCUUUAGUGAUCCAAUGGUGCAGAAAGCUAUUCACUUUGCUAAAAUAGCUCACCAUGGCCAACUUCGCAAAACUGGAGACCCUUAUUUGACUCAUUGCAUCCAUACUGGACGAAUCUUAGCUAUGUUGGUCCCCUCUACCGGCAAAAGAGCUGUUGAAACUGUUGUGGCUGGAGUUCUUCAUGAUGUGGUUGACGACACAUGUAAAAGUUUGCAAAACAUAGAAGAGGAAUUUGGUGAGGAUGUAGCUAGGUUGGUGGCUGGUGUUUCCAGGUUGAGUUAUAUUAAUCAGCUCUUGCGGAGACAUCGAAGAAUAAAUGUGAACACUGGUACCCUUGGGCAUGAAGAGGCAGACAAUUUACGAGUCAUGCUCUUGGGAAUGGUUGAUGAUCCACGUGUGGUUCUUAUCAAGCUUGCUGACCGUCUUCACAAUAUGAGAACAAUUUAUGUUCUGCCAUUGCAAAAAGCUCAAGCUGUUGCAAAGGAGACCCUCGCUGUUUGGUGUUCACUUGCUUCCAGAUUGGGUUUGUGGGCAUUGAAAGCUGAGCUAGAAGAUUUGUGCUUUGCUGUACUUGAGCCUCAAAUCUUUCAGAAAUUGAGAGCUGAUCUAGCUUCUAUGUGGAGCCCUAGCAGUAAAGUGGGAAACACAAAAAGAAUAUGUGCUAGAGCCAGCUUGCAACCCUUGGACAAGAAAAGCUCUGAAUUUGAUUGUGACGGGACUAUGGCAGUUGAUGAAGACAUUACGAACAUGAAAGAUCUUUUGGAAGCAGUAUUGCCAUUUGAUGUCUUGCUAGACAGAAAAAAGCGGUCAAGAUAUCUUAGUACUCUAGGAAAAGAUCUAGAGACGACAAGACCGAAGGUUGUGCAAGAUGCUGCGAUUGCUUUACAGUCUCUAGUAGUUUGUGAGGAAGCGCUUGAACGGGAGUUGAUUAUUUCAACUUCCUAUGUCCCAGGGAUGGAAGUAACUUUGUCUAGCCGUCUAAAGAGUUUAUAUAGCAUCUACAGCAAGAUGAAAAGAAAGGAUAUCGACAUUGACCAAGUCUAUGACGCCUGUGCAUUAAGGGUAGUUGUUGGAGACAAGAAAGGAACUCUUCAUGGGCCUGCUGUUCAAUGCUGUUAUAGUCUUCUCAACAUUGUACACAAACUUUGGACCCCCAUUGAUGGUGAAUUUGAUGAUUACAUUGUCAAUCCAAAGCCUAGUGGCUAUCAGUCUCUGCACACUGCAGUACAAGGUCCCGAAAGAUCACCUUUGGAAGUUCAAAUACGAACACAGAGAAUGCAUGAAUAUGCUGAACAUGGACUAGCUGCUCAUUGGCUUUAUAAAGAAACUGGAAACCAGUUAUCUUCCAUACCUAUCACAGAUGAAUCAGAAGUGGAGGCUGCUCCUUAUUUCUCCAGUGAUACUGAGGAACAGAAUUCCAUAGAAUGCAAUUUGUUACAGAAGUACAGUUUGCUGAAAUCUGGACAUCCAGUACUUAGAGUUGAAGGAAGCCAUCUUCUUGCUGCUGUCAUUAUUAGAGUAGAAAAGGGUGGUAAGGAGCUGCUUGUUGCUGUGAGCUUUGGACUGGCAGCUUCUGAAGCAGUAGCUGAUAGAAGAUCUUCAUCCCAAAUGAGGCGGUGGGAGGCUUAUGCAAGGUUAUUUAAAAAGGUGACCGACGAGUGGUGGUGUGAACCAGGGCAUGGGGAUUGGUGUACUUGCCUAGAGAAGUAUACACUUUCUCGAGACGGUAUGUACCACAAGCAAGAUCAAUUUGGGCGCCUAUUGCCAACAUUUCUUCAGGUCAUUGAUUUGACGGAGCAUGAAGAAUCUGACUAUUGGGCUGUCGUGUCGGCUGUCUUCGAUGGCAAACAGCUUGAUUAUUAUACAUCAAGGCCAAGUUUAAAUGCUGUGACAUGGAGCUCCAUGGAGACUAGCAUAAAUAACAAGGUACGCCUACUAAGGACAAUGCUGCGGUGGGAAGAGCAACUACACUCGGAAGCAAGUCUUGGAAAAGAGAAGCUACGAGGAAAGUCUUACGGAUCGGUCGUUCUUGGGGAGGUGGUAAUUGUUUGUUGGCCCCAUGGCGAGAUAAUGAGAUUGAGCACUGGCAGCACUGCGGCCGAUGCUGCUAGAAGAGUAGGACUCGAGGGAAAAAUGGCUUUGGUGAAUGGCCAAUUGGUGUUGCCUAAUACCAAGCUAAAAGAUGGUGAUGUGGUUGAAUUCAGAAUUUGAUGACAAAAUUUGUAUUUGUGAAAAUAA